GUUUAAGAUGGUAUGGUUGUUAUGUACGGUAUUUCACUAGUUUGCGUACGGAGGUAAUCUACUCCCUCUUCAGUAUACAGGAAAUCUGUUGGCAGAGAAUGAUUCUGAGAUACUCAGUAUUUAGUAAAGGCAUGGAUUCAUCUAAAAACUACAUAGAACUUAUUUACUAUGCAAUCUAAUGAAGGCAGUAUAUCAUCCCGUCACAUUCGUCCACUUCUUGGUAUUGAUUCUUCAAGGCAUUCAUCGCAUAAUAUGAGCCCCAAAAAACAUGCAUAUCCUGUCGAAUCAACUAACUUACCACCACCUCCUCCGCCUCCACCUCGAUAUCCACUGAAAAAUGAUGGAUUCUCCCCACAUACUGGAUAUAUGAUAAGUGGUACUCCCACUGAGCAAACACCAAAAUCUCCACCAAGGACUUCUUCUUUACGACCAAGAGGAAUUCCCCUAAAACGUGAGAUUGGCUCACAUGAUCGUGUUUUACAACCUGUCGCAUAUGGAUCAUCGGAUCGUCAAAAUUUGAGAAAAGCACAAAUUAUUACAUCUGCUAACAAUAAUGUAACCAAUGAGGAGAAAUCUUUUCCACUUGUAGAUCAUUCUAUUCAAUCAUUGAAUGAUACUCCAACAACAACAACGACUACUACUAGCGGUGGUAGUAGUAGUAGUACUGAUGAAAAAAAAUCAAUAAAAAUGCAUAAAAAUAAAAUUCCUGGUUUAUGUCAGACUACUUCUACUCCUACUCCUCCUCCUACUACUACUACUCCAGAUCCUCGAAGUACACCAUUGUUGUCACGUUUAUUGGCACCGGGUUUCGCCAGCUCUGUUGUUGUUAAUUCCACUACAAAUAGUCCGCCAAGUUCAAAUCGACGUGAAACAUCGACCAAUUCAAGUUAUCUCAUAUUAGAAAAUGAUUCAACUUCUAAUUUGUUCAUCAAUUCAUCGAAUGCACAAAAUUAUUUUUUAUCUGAAACAAAGCCACAACAUCAACAGCAGCAACACACAUUGGAAUUCGAUACAAUGAAUUCUAAGAAAUUGUCAACAAAUAAUCGUGAAAUGAAAAAUUCUUGGAAUUCCCCGUCAUCUUCUACCAACGUCAAAUCAGUGAAUCGUGAAUGGUGUGAAUCCAUGAAUUGGCCUGGUAAAUCAGAACAACCGCCAGCGCCACCACCGACAACAACAACCACCAAUGUUCCAUCGAAUAAAAAUCAAUCACCAAAUUUUCAACCAUCUCCUGAUAGUCAAUGUUGGCGUUUAAUGACAUCAGUUCAUAGGAAAAAUGAUCAUCGAUUAUUACCGCGUCAAUUAUCUUCAUCGAAUACAUGUUCAUCUGCUACAACACAAGAUGAAUUGGAAUCCAGCAUUGAUUCACCGGGAAUUUUCAAUCGACGUCGUUGUAAUGUGGCAUCGAAUGAUCGAAAUCAUCAAAUGUACGCGAAAACUGAUGAAUUCUCCACAAAUGCUUCUAGUUCCGGUGAUGCAGAUGACAGUGUCGGCGUUGGUGUCGAUGGUGGUCGUGGUGGUGGUGGUGGUGGUGGUGAUGUGGACAAUGAGGAUGAGGAUGAUGAUGAUGAUGACGACGGCGACGACGAUGGUGACCAUGCUGUGCAUCAAACAUUACACAAUGACGAUGAGAUGGAAUCGAACACUCGUAGCGAUGAGCAAGACGAUGAUGAUGGUGUUGAUGGUGUUGUCGAUAACGUGAAUACUAUUGAUCAUGAUGAUGAUGAUGAUAGAACUGUUCCAAAUGACAAUGAUACAAUUGGCAAUCAGAAUAAUCAUAAUAAUGACGACGAUAACAAUGAUGACAGUAAUUCCAUGCAACUCUUAAUGAUUCAUCGUUCAUCACAUUCUUAUGUCAAUGAAUCACAAGAAAUGUUUGCAUUACAUGAAGAACAAGAAAAUUAUCAACGACGACAACUACAACAACAACAGCAACAUCAGCAACAACAACAGAAUACUGAACACUACACUCAUCAUUCUCAUCAUCAUCAUCAUCGUCCCCAUCAUUCUCAUCAACAACAAUUGAAUAAAGAACAAAAAUUAACACCUCAAAUAGUUUUGCCAAAUUCAUCUGAAGAACCAUGUGAUUUUGAAGAGGAAGAGGAAGAAGAAGAAGAAGAUUAUUCUAAUCAACUGAUUCCUGAAACUGACAAUCUGAAUUCACAAGGUACAAUCCAACCGCCACCGCCUCCGCCUCCUCCAUAUCGAAUUCCUGAUCACCUUCAACCAACGGAUGAGUCGUCAUGUUUCACAGCUCAUUCUUGGUUCCCACCAAAUUACCAUUUAUCGCCAUAUGCACAGUUACCUUUUCAUCAUCAACAUCAACAUCAUCAUCAUCAGCAGCAGCAGCAACCUGCUCCUCAGCCUCCUCAAUUUUUUCACGACAAAUUAUUCCCACUUACUACUACUACUACUACUCAUCAACAACAACAACAGCAAUAUGAUAUGAAAUAUUCUAGUAAUUUGCCUCAGUCAACACUAUGGCCAUUCAGUGAAAAUUCCAAAAUUCCAAGCCAUAAUAAUUGCUUGUCAGAAUCAUUAUCUAUGCCUUAUCCAGGUGAUAUUUUGUCUAAACAUCGUGUUCCAUAUCCAAUGAAUAAAGAGGAAUUAUCGAAAAUGAUAAAAACUGAUUUUAUCCCACCAUUCACAUCGAUCUCGUCACAACCCCCCAGUUUCCCAAUUCGUUGGUGUUAUCAUGGUUUUUACAUGGCACCUCGUCUACCACCAACCACAUCGAUCAGUUUUCAUAAUCAUUUACCAAUUGUUGCAUGUUGUACAACAGCAACUGGUUUUGUUUUAACCGCAACCACUACUACUACUACUAAUACUACUACUACUACAACUACUGUGCCUACAUCUCAUAGUUAUUCUUCUUUAGCCUAUGAAUACAAUCGUUAUCGUCAUCAUCAUCAUCAUCAGCAUCAUCAACAAUCUGAAUUACCUGUGAACAAUAAUAAUAAUAGUAAUAAUAAUAAUGCCAUGAAUGGACAAUUUAUCACCGAUAUGGAAUUAUUGCCUUCAUUGACAAAUAAACCAGAAUCAAUGAUUCAUUCGAAUGUUACACAAAUGGAAUUUUUAAAUCUGUUAAAAGAAAAUCAACAAUUAAAACAACGUCUUUUGGAUAUCAAUGUACGACUUCAAUAUGUCGAUGAGCUUGAAUGGCAUGUACAACAAUUAAGUCAUUUAGUAGAAUCCAUGAUUUUAUCACAUCAACGUCAAUGUGAAUUAGACUAUCAAUUACAAAUCUAUUCACCAUUAUCUGCUCCUCCUGUUCAUGGUGUUGGCGGGAGUGGUGGUGGCGUCGGUAGUGCGGGUGCUGGUGUUGAUCUUCAUCGUUUCAAAAUACCUCCGAAUUCUUCCUCUUCUUCAACAUCCUCUUCACCGUUUGGAUUAACCACUGAUCAUCCGUGUUUUCAUUAUAUGCCAGCUAAUCCUGGCAGUUUACCUGUUAUGCCAACAAAUAUGUCAAGUUGUAGAACUCAUCAUCCAUGUACUGUACAAAAUAUCACUAGACGAAUGACACAGCCUAAUAUUAUUAUGCCUACACGUUUCUAUGGUCCACGUGUAAAACAAACACUGCAACCGGAAAAAAUGGAGCAACGAACCCCGAUGUUGCAUUCCAUUAAACGUUCUCUACAUCCCCAUUUAGUCAGUUCGUCUAUGGAUCCACGUACUGUUUCCUUGGAUCGUAUAUCACAACCAAGAAAUGCUUCUACAACUUCAUCUCGUCUAGAAGCAGAAACAGAAGAAGAAACAUGUCAUUGUAUACAAUAUCCAUUAUUAUUACAUGAACCAUUCACAUCAUCAACACAUCAUCAUCAUCAUCAUUCUAAAGAACAUCCAGCCUAUAUGAAUCCAAUCACAAAAGAUUCCAGUCGAUUAUCGUCUACCACACCUAAUGUUUCAACGAUGAUGAUGAUGAUGACGAUGAUACCAUCGACUAAUCCAUACUGUUCACCGAAUUAUGGUCGACGUCGUUCUGCACUGAGAACAAUAUCAACUACAACAACAACAACUACAACUACACCGCCGCUUGACAAUGGCACCACACAUUUACUAGCACAUUCCAAUGUACCGGCAAUGUAUUGUUGUUGUGGCUGUUGUUCACCUCCUCCGCCACCUCGAUUAUUACCACCGAUUCCGUAUGUUACCAGUAAACCGAUAGCUAAUCCUACUAUUAAAAUUACUGAUGAAAAUAAACUUGUGAAUAAUAUCUCUUCCAAAUUCAAUGAUCAUACAAUCAUGUCAAAUGAUUCCACAAAUAAUAACACAAAUAACACAAAUAAUCAUAACAAUAAUAAUCGACCGAAAAAUCUUAGUUUUAUGACAGAAAAAUCAGAAAUUUUAGAUGAUAGUCAAAUGUUAUUGCGUCAUUUAUCACCGAAUAAUGAAUUUCAAUGUGUCAAUAGUUGUACAGUGGUAGCGACAACAACUACAUGUCAAUUAACACAUUACUAUCCAUUAUGUGUUAUUGAUCAGCAUGCUUUGAUGAAAAAUGAGACGAGCAAUGAUAAUAAUACUAGUACUAGUACUUCAACAACAGUCCCUCUAACAUCGACAAACAUGAUGACAGUGGCGGCGGCGGCGGCGGCGACGACGAUGACGUCAGUAGUAUCAACAACUGUAUGCUCUUCAGUGAGUUCCAUUGCAACUAAAUCAAACACUGUUAGUCAUCAUCGGCAACAACAACAACAACAACAGUUUAAGGAGAAAUCUUGUUUAACUAAACCAAAAUGUACGCUGCCUAGUAGAAUAAACAAGAAGACAUUUGCUACGUCAACCGGCGAACAAAAGCAAUCACAACAACACCAGCAACGGCAAUCAGUCAUGGAUGGUGCUGUUAAUGAGUCGACUAAUAAACGUGUGAAACAAUCAUCAUUGUUAAAUCGUUCUAAUGCAAUGGUACCGAGAAAGAAAUACAAUAACAAUAACAACCAAAAUGUACAGAAUAAAUCAACUGCAGCACCAAGUACUGCUACUACUACUACUACUCCUACUGUUACUAAUACUCAAACAUCUAAUAAGAAAACAAUACGUUCUACUACUGCUUCAUCAUCGUCAAUUGCCAAUCAAGACCUCGAUUAUAGCGGUAGUUAUGAAGGUGUUUCCAAUUCCAAUUCUUUGCAUUCUCAAUCAUCGGAAGCAUCAAGUUUAGAACCGGAUUCAACAUUAUCAGAAAAUUUAUCGGGUAGAAAACAUCAUUACACUAUGAAACAUUCCAUAGGCGAUCAAAAAAAUUCAACAACAAAUACUACUACUGAUAAUAGUAGUAUAACUAGUCAAUCAUCUAAAAUGUUAAUCAUUCCUACUGAACAGUGUUAUUCUUCAGUUCGUUAUCAAACAUCAAAUGAAUUGAAAAGUUGCUCGAAUUCUACAUUGUCAUCACCAUCUGCUUUAAAUCAUUCAAUAUUUCCACAGAUACAAGCAUCUUCUCCUGGAGAAGAUUCAUCAUUGCUCAAUUCUAGUCCGAUUGCUACUACUACUACUACUACUACAACUCAUAGUAAUAUCUCUUGUAUUCACAUAAAUAAUUCCACUUCAUUUACACCAUGUCAUUUAGCUAAUAAUCUAAAUUCAAUGACACAUACAACAACAUCAAUGGCUAAUCAGAAUUUUGUUAAAAAGCCAAAUCUUAUUGAAAUACCUAAUUAUUAUCGUCAACCGCCGCCGACAUCAUCUCACUUACAAUCAUCACCUUCAACGAAUUAUCCAUUGGAAAAAAUUCGUUUCAAUGAAUUAUUGUCACAUCCAACAAGUCCAUCGACUACCAAUCGUUCAUUGCUGAAUACGAAUCAUGGAAAUAUUCGACCAAGUAGUAGUUUAUUAAAUGUACCACAAAAAAAUCUGACACAUCAAGUACGUUUCGCCUCACCUGUUCGUUUAAAUCCUCCAUACAGUAGUAAUGCGAAUAGUAGUGGUACUUGUAGUACUACUACAAGUACUACUACUUGCGCUACUAGUACUAUUACUACAAAUACUACUACUAAUAAUAAUAAUCGUAGAAUAUUUUUCAAUACAUCAAUCAGAAGUCCAAUCAUGCAUCAUUCAAAUGUCAACAAUCAAAGCUCUUCCACCAUCAAUAGUAUUGUAUCACCGAAUCUAUUGCGUAAACAAUACUAUUAUCAUUAUUAUGAAUAAAUACCGAAAAAAACGGCGUUCGUUUGUUGUAUAUUGAGUCAUCCAUCGGGGAUUUGUGUUAUUCACAAGCUUUUAAUUGAUUGAUUGAUUUAUCAAAAAGUUAUCCUAUCCAAAAUACAGUCUUCUCAUUCUUUUUCUCUGUGUGUGUGUGUGCGCGUGUGUGUGUGGUUUUUUUAAACUUUAUUUCGAAUUCUAUAUGAUAUUUUGUAAAAUAAUACCAAAAAAAGAAUGAAUUGAAUAUUGAUCAUAUUCUAUGAUAUAAUUUAAACAAUUGCGAAAGCGGACAAUUCAACCGGCAAAAUAUAUUACCUCAAUAUUUAACUUUUUUUAUCGAAUACAUUGAUGAUGCUGACACUGUUUUCUUUUAUAGUCAAUCACACCUUGUGAGGGGCUACACACGAAAUGUUUUCUCCUUUUUUUCUUUAUUUUAUCCUUUCGAAUUUCCCACAAAAAAAGAAACUGGUCUUUUUCUGUUUUUUUCUAUUGUUCAAUGUACAAUAAAUGAAGACAACAAAAAAGUGCAACAAAGUGCAAUUUCUUUAAUUUACAAAAUAAUCAAACACACACACUUUUUUUUUGUUCUUUAGUUCUUUGGUUCUUUCGUCUUUCAUGUUUUGUUUUGUUUUGAAGAAAAAAAAGAACAGAAUUAUUUUGAACAUUUAUUUCGUAAUCAAUAAAAAUUCAGAAGAAUUUACUCAUUCAUCAUCAAUCACAUUGUGCCUGCCAUCCAAGUCGAUCAACAAUGGUGGAUUAUUAUGCAUUUAAAUAAAGUGACUGACUACAGCAUCUCUGUGCUGUACGCUUCUGUUAUAUUUUCUUAUUUCUUCAAGUUGAGUGCAUUUAUUUCGGUAGGUUUCGGUUGCAUUUUUUCCUCAUUCAUGUGUGUCGCGGAUGGUUCCUCGGUGUAUGUGUGUGUGUACGUGUGUGUAUGAUGAAGUGCAGUGCAGUGUAGUAAAAAUAGUUAUUUACUUGUUAUCUCUCAUUUCCUGCUGCCUUUACUGCUGUUCUUAGUUCUGUUAUUAUUAUUAUUAUAAAUAUUAUUAUUAUUACUGGCAUAUUAUAUGAACUAAUUUGCUUUCGAAUUUUAAUUUCUACAAUUUUUUUUCUUGUUUGAAUGAAUCUAUUGUUAUUUAUUAUUAUUAUUAUUA